AGGUCUGCUGAAGCAGCAAACAGGCACUGGAGAGUCAGAAGGUCUGUGGUUGGGGCUAUGGCUGCGGUGGUAGUGGAAACAAAGACCCAGGUGUGGGAAGAGUUCAGGGAGUCUAUCUACUUUCAGUUGGCCUUGAAGAAGUCUAACAAACCAUCAGAUGGCUCAGGAAGGGAAAGCAGGGCUGUGGUGCUGACUCUCACGGGGUAUUGUCGCUGGUGGAAAGAACACUUUGAGGAGCUCCUGAACCUGGCCAACAUGUCUUCUGAGGAGGAAGCAGAGUCUGAAGACCUGGGGGAAGCUUCACUCACAUCUCUGGCAGAGGUGUGUGUGAGAGCUCAAGGCUCUGGGCAUCAUUGGGCUGUGUUUGUUGGACAUGCCCGCUGAAUGGAGGGUUACGGUUGAACGGGAACAGUGCCUGUGGACUGGCAGACCAGCGUGGUGAUUCCCAUAUUUAAAGAGGUGGACCAGAGGGUGUGCUCCAAAUAUUGGGAUAUCACACUGCUCAGCCUCCCUCAACAGCUUAUGCCAUGGUGCUAGAAAGGACUUUGAUCGACAGUUGAACUUCAGAUCCAAGAGGAGCAAUGCGGAUUCUGGCGCGGGGUGUGGAACAGUGGACCAUUUAUCCUUGCAACAUUACUGGAGGGGUCGUGGAAGUUUGCUCACCAGUCUACAUGUGUUUUGUGAAUCAGGAGAAUUACGUGUCUCUCGGAGGGUCCUGUUGGGGAGCACAGUGACCAAAAUGGAUGGAUGGAUAAACAGACUGAUCUGGGAUUAAACCUGGACAGAUCUGAUCAACCUCCUGCUCAUUAUUUCAUAUAAAACGUCUUGAUGUUUGUUUUAAAUGAACAUUCAGCGUCUGUUUACUCUGCAUAUUCACGAGUCUCUCUGUAACAUUAGAGAGUAAAGACGUCAGCUGGCCAACAAGCUCAGGCUGCAGGUCCUUAAAAUAAACCUUAAGUACCCCCCCCCAACCCCAACAAAGUGUCAUGUACAGACUCGACGAGAGACAGAAAACAGACGGAAGAGACUUGAGAGUUUUAACUCGGAGGAAACGCUGGAUUAACAAAUGAGGUAAGUUUUUCUUCAGUUUGUUCCUGACGGUGAAACUCAGUUGUCCUCCACCAUGGCGGCAGCCAGCAUCUCUCGCUCUGGAUCAGCAGCUCUGGGCUUCGAGGAUUAUUCUCUCUACAGUAACCUGAGCGAGGACGAACUGCUACAGCUUGCCAUCGAGCGCAGCCUGACCGACGCAAACUGCAGCAACGCCAACGCAACCUGCAAUGCAACUGACAACCCAACCAGCAACACGGCUACUGCCCUCACACCUCCUCACCAACCUGACAGAAGCCUGAACCCUGCAGCCAGAGACGCCAACCAACCCAGAUACAGCUCCCAUAAUCCACCUGCAAACUACACGUCCCAUAAUCCACCUGUAGCCCAGACCACUGCUCAUUACAGUUCUCCAAAUCCUCCGAGUGAAAAGCCUCCUGAUCCGAAGACGUUUGAUGGGACAGUCAGUCGCUUCAUGACGGGAUCAGGGAAGAGGAUGGUAGCUUAUCGCAGAGUUGACGGCACUCUGGUUCACAUCGCUCCAGAACCUGAGGAGGAGGAGGAGCCUCUGUUCAGAGCGAUCAGUGUUGGAGAUGCGAGCAGAGUGAAAGCUUUAGUGAUGAGUCCAGGAACAAACCUGAUGCUGCCGAGUAAACCAGGCUGGCUCGCUAUUCACCAGGCGGCGUGGUACGGCCAGGACACCUGUCUGAGAGUCCUGCUGUCAGCUCAGCCUGGGAUGAUCAACAAGCGAACGGAGCGUGGAGAGUCGGCGCUGCUGGUUGGCGUCAACAAAGACCAGCUACGAUGUGUUCAAGUGCUGCUGGAAUAUGGAGCUGACCCUGACAUCACAAACUACGAAAGAGAGACUCCGCUCUAUAAAGCCUGUGAGAGGAACAGUGCUGCGAUGGUGGCAGUGUUGUUGAACCACGGAGCUGCGGUAAACACUCACUGUAUUCAGGGUUGGACGGCACUGCAGGAAGCUGUGGUUCGAAACAACGUGGAGAUCUGUGAGAUGCUGCUGAAGGCUGGAGCCAAACACAGCCUCACCAACAUGUAUGGCAUCUCACCACUGUUCAGCGCUGCUCAGACUGGGCAGGCCACCACGUUGCGCUUCCUCCUCAAACAUGGUGCCGAUAUCAACAGUCAAGCUGCUGAUGGAGCCACCGCUCUGUAUGAAGCUGCUAAAAAUGGACAUGAAGAAAUUGUGAAGCUCCUCCUCUCACAAAACGCAGACGCCAACAAACCUGGAAAGACCGGAUUAUUACCACUUCACAUUGCUGCCCAGAGAGGAAGUGACAUUAUAGUGUCCUUGUUGAUCUCAGCCACCAGUAAGGCCAGAAUCAGGCGGACCGGCAUCAGCCCUCUCCACAUGGCGGCUGAGCGUAACCGUGAUGAAGUGCUCGAGGCUCUGAUUGAGGCGGGCUUUGACGUAAAUGCACAGCUGUCUGAAGAAAGAUCAAAGCUGUAUGAGGACCGCCGCAGCACGGCGCUCUACUUCUCUGUCAUCAACAAUAACAUCGACGCUGUGCGCAUGCUGCUGACAGCCGGUGCUGACCCCAACCUGGACGCGUUCAAGCCGCUGAUGGUGGCAGCGAGGCUGGGCUGCAUCCAGACUGUCACCCUGCUGGUGGAGCAUGGAGCAGACAUCAAUGCCUCAAUCCCCACCCACCCCACUACCUUCCCCGCCAUCUACAUGUUCUCCAUGAAGUACCUGACCAUGUUCAAGUACCUGCUGGACCACGGAGGCCACGCCCUCUCCUGCUUUGGAUGUGUCUAUGGCAACAAACCUCAUCCACCAAUAAAAACCACCCGAUCAGAGAGGGACGACCUAACAGAGACGCUGCCAAGGAGAGGUGUUCAGUUCUGUGAGAUGAUUUCAGCCCCCAGUAUCUGUCGGUGGGCGGGGCCAAUCAUUGACAUCCUACUGGACUACGUUGGUCAUGUGACUCUGUGCUCCAGACUGAUGGAACACCUCGACAGUUACUCUGACUGGAGUGUCAUCAAGGAGAAAGCAGCUCCCCCGCGGCCACUGAUGCAGCUCUGCAGGUUGCAGAUACUGCAGCUGGUUGGAAGUCGACGUGUGAAGAAAUUAACGCUUCCUGGAGGUUUGAUCCGCUUCCUGCAGCACCAGGGGGGCUCGCUGGACGACUGCUGACCUACAACUGAGACUGUUGGAAUCUUAGACAAUCAGCAGGUUGAAGCUGAUGUUGUUUAACUGCAGUUUCUCUCAAAACUAAAAGCUGUUUGAUUAAAUCACUUGUAAAUGUGUAUAUCAGCUCUUUCUAGUUGUUUCCAGCUGUUUCCAUAUGUAUCCAGGGAGCGUCAGCUCCUCUAUCCUAAACAUUACAACAUAUUUCUUAAAUUUUGAUGGACUGAAAAAGAUCAGUUUUACAACAUUAGUCUAACCCCAAUGCGUUUGUAAUUAACCUUCAGUGUCUGUGAAGAAUUUAUUAAAACAAACAAAGCUGAGAUAAUACUUUAUAAAAUUUCAAUAAAAGCAAUUGGACCUACUGCAAACUGGAAAAACUAAAACUAAGUGACAAUAACACAUGCUGGAGAUAGAAGUGGGCACUGUUGUACCCUGUUGCAGACACUAUGUUUCUGAAUAAGGUUUUAGGAACACAUUUGAACAAAUCCCACUUUGUGUUUAUUUGGGUUUUUGCCACAUAAUAUCAAACUGUCACAAUGCAGGAGGUUGUGGUUUUGUCUAGCUGCGGUUACUGGCCUUAGAAUUAUUUGACGUCACUGGAAAUCCUCCUCUAUGUCCAAUUUUAACGAGUGGAUAGAUUUAAUGUGUGACGUAUUCACUGUGGGAGAGAGGAUCUCUUUAAUGAAGUUUGGGGCCCAUUUUUUAUUGGUUAGAAAAACAGUGAUAUAAAUGUUUGGUUUACAUGUUAUGUAUAUCUCAUCUUUUGAUAAUAUCUACUUUGGUCUUUGGUGCUGAUGAACUCACCUGGAUCACCUGUACCUGAACACAGUGAUGAUGGAUCUCUGUAUCCUGACUGAUUGACAAUGUGGACUAUUCAUAUAACAGCAUGGGUUAUUUAUAAUCAUUGAUCAAUAUCUCUAGGGUCUUCUGAUUGUAUCAAGGACUGUUCAGGGCUAUUUUUUGAUUUAUUUUUUGUUUUGUUUUUUAUGUACAAAUUGUGAAUGUGGCUUUGGUCACUUGACUUAUAUUCAGCAUAAUUAUUACUGAUGUUGCAGAGUCUGGUCUUGUGAGGUUGUUACCAGACUUUCUUGUUUGUUUGUUUGUUUGUUUUUGUUUUUCUCUUGUCUCUUAGUGUUCUGCUUGUUUAAAAAAACAAAACAAACAAAAAAACAGACAAAAUGACAGUUUGUAACCAAUCUGUAUGGUAGAUGAAUGUCCAUCAAAAAUCUCAAUAAAGAACUAAAAUAAACAAA